AAGGACACAGUUAGAUUUUGCUUUUCAUUUGUUCUGGUUUAACUUCAAAAGAAAAAAUUCAGCAUUUCAAGUGUUAAAUAUGGGUUGUACCGUAAGUGGCGUCAACAGGAACAAUUUUGAAAGAGCUCUUGUCAGAGGUGUUGCGAACAACAAAAGAGGACAGUUACUCAUAUGCGGUAGAGAAAAGAAGAAAACUAACCUACAGACGGAAAAAAGGAAAUAUUCGGGCAAAAUCGAAUUAUUCAGAACUACAGAUUUACCAAAGACCUUAACAACGAAGAAAAUUAUAGAAUCCCCCCAGAUGACAGCACUGUCCGAUUCAAUUUCGAACGAGAGAAAUACACGUGUUUAUUUGAGCACAGGUUUGAACAAAGAAGCCUUUCACAGACUAGAUGGAAAAUGGGAAGGCACCAAAACGGAGCAAAUUAUCCAAGAAGUUAACAGCAGCCAUCAAUGCCACAGUUACAGCCUUGAGAUUUCAUGGCCAGAUAGAAUUAGUGAAAACCAGAGUGGAAAGACCAGUGAAGCUGGACUGGACCAGAAACUUAAACAAGACAGUUCCAAUAGUCCUUGUUUUAAAUUUUAUGUCUCUAUUUCAAAGUCCAGCGAUAGUUCAACACAUCACAAUGGAGCCACACAAUCCAUCUUGGAGUUCCGCAGUUGCAUGCCAGAUGAUUUUCCUAGAGUGAAAAGUGGUCAAGUUGCUGUAGCUGUCCAUGAAAGCUUCUUCAAUUCAUUUGGAGAUGACUGUGAUGAUGAUGAAUUUACCAGCUCAAGCCAGGGGUUUCUACAUUGGAUCAACUAAAUAUAUGAAAAAGAAAUAGCAACCUAAAAAAAAAAAUCCUUAGCUCUACCCAUGUACUUAUAGUGUACAAUCCUCCAAGACUGUCUAUGUCUGUAGCUUGCCGCUUGCAGUAGGCACAGCAUUACUACACUGAUAAGAAACAAGAGUUGUACAUCUCAUAACACCUGAGUCAACUUUAUUUCAACUCCACAGCUUCUUCAGCACUACAAACAUUUAGAAAUACAAUUUGAAAAAUAAUUAAAUUUCUCUAUUGUUUACUAAUAAAUAGACACUUUCGCUUUUGGUUUUGAACAUUCUUAAAAUCCCUCAUUUUGUAAGGAUGUGAAAAGGAUUUUAAGUUCCAGGAUUAAAACUGCUCAUUUCAUUAAAACAAUGUAUUCCAAAAGACUUCCACAGGAAAAAUGAGAAUUCCACAACCUCUUCGAAUUUUGUUUGUCUGAUUCUUGGUAGUCUGAAGUUGGUUGCACUCAAUGUGGGUUAAAACUCUUUGGGUCAAAGUCAAUAUCUAAGUAACUGCACAUCUACCCCUCCCGUAACCCAACAAUAACCCUUAUUUGAUAUCAGUCAACUGCUGUUAGGUUAGGGGAGGUGUAGGUGUGCAGUUA